GACUUUCAUGGAGGAAUCUCUAGAAGACUCUUAGUGAUACAUUGGAUUACUGUCGCUCGAGCUUUACUCCACCUUUGCUUUCUUAUCAGACUUGUUGAAAAUUCAAAUUUGACAGUUUUUUUUUUUUUUUUUUUCAUUUCUUGUGGCUAUCCACAGGGAGUCAGCUAUAUAUCUUGAAAUCUGCAGAGCUCUACUCACACAAGAAGGGAGAUUUCUUCUUCUUCUUCUUCUUCUUCUUCUUCUUCCUCUUGAUCACCAUGGUUUUGGGUUUCUGUUCAACCACCCCUUUACAGGGGUGGGUUCAACCAGCAUGGCUUCAUGCCUUCUUGUUUUUAGUCCUCUCCACAGUCUUUUCUGCAACUUCAGUCUCUUCCUCUCCAACCCAACUCCCUUACGGGGAACACUGCGCUUCCAUCGUACCGGAAUCUCGCCCAACUCGACCGGAAUUCACCACCUCAAGAUUCACCGGCUUCAAGGUCGGUUACUUUACCGGUGGCACUGCAAUUCUAGGCCAAAACUCGUCUCCUUACUCAUCACAAUCCUCAAAGUCUGUGUCGUUUCGAACCCGGAGCCUGUAUGCAACCGAAACCAAAGGCGUGUUCAAGGUUGAAGGGCGUUUGGUCCUUGCAAGCGAUGGUAUGUACUAUUUUGAGGGAGAUUCGAAUCAUGGCAGACUGUCAUUUCCCCAGCUACAAGGGUUCUGGUCAGAAUCUUCUGGGGAGCUUUGCAUGGUGGGGUUGGGUUCUGCCUACUCCAAUGGAGGUAACUUGCUUCGUCUCUCUGCUGUUCUUAAGCUCAGUAAUGUCAAAAACUCAAGUACCAUUACUGAUUUGGUGACUGGUACUUUGAAGAGCUUGAAUUCCGCUCAUGAUUCAAACUAUUUUGAACCAAUUUCGAUAUUAUUCUUUCCUGAAAUGAGUUACAAGUACACUCUGGCUUCAUCUGGUACUGGGUGUCCUGGUGGGGCUGAUGUUCCAAAGACUGCAUCACUCAGCACAGACUCCAUGAACGGUAUCUGUUCCAUACUCUCCAUGGAACGGUUUGGAUUGGAAUAUGCCCAUGACUGCAACCCAUCUCAGAAUUGCAGUCCUUUUGGUGGGGGUAUUGGGUAUUUGCCUCAAUUCAUAUCCUUUACAGGAUUUCAAUGUUCAGAUGAUGAAGAAAAGCUACAAGUUAUGGUAAAAUUUCAGAACAGUAGCUAUGGUUAUUACAGAGCUUACAAUCCCAGCACAACACUGAUUGGGGAGGGAUCAUGGGAUGUGAACAAGAAUCAGCUCUGUCUUGUUGCUUGCCGAAUCUUGAAUGAGGGGGAUUCUCUGGUUGAUGCUCGUAUCGGUGAUUGUUCGAUUAAAUUAAGCCUGAGAUUUCCCUCAAUCUUGUCCAUCAGAAACAGAAAUACUGUUGUGGGGCAAAUUUGGAGUGACAAAACUGUCAAUGAUCCCGGUUUCUUCAGUAAGAUCAUGUUCCAAAGCAUCAGGAAUAGGAUGACGGCGAUUCCAGGCUCGAAAUAUGAGUACACUGAAAUUGAACGAGCAAGAAAGUUGUGCCUGAAAAAGAACCCUGCUGAGAAAAAAGGGGUGGCAUACCCUAAUGGAUACUCUUCUGAUAUGCAGCUUGACAUGUCUGUUCGAAACUCAACCCAUCAAAUGGGAUGGGCUUAUUCAGAGCUCAUAACUUUGGGUGAUAAGUUCUAUGAUCGAUAUGCCCAAUCUAUAGUCAGCAUAGAAGACUCUUUAGAAACAAAUGCCAGUGAUAGCAGACUAAUGAAUGUGAGCUACCGGAUAAGCUUAACACUGGAACCUGGUGUUAAAUUCGGUGAUAUGAUCAUCAGCCCCUCUAACUUUUCAGGUAUAUACACACCAGUAGAAAUUUUUGCUGAAGGGAUUUAUGAUGCCAAAACAGGAUUCCUGUGUAUGGUGGGCUGUAGAAAGCUGAGCUCACCAGUAAAAACAUCAAGCAAUGACUCCAUGGACUGUGAGAUUCUUGUGAAUCUUCAGUUUCCUCAAUUAAAUUCAAAGAAUAGAGGUUAUAUCAAGGGAAGCAUGGAAAGCACAAGAGAAAAAUCUGAUCCUCUUUACUUUGAACAUCUGGACUUGUCUGCAAACUCUUUCUUUGGAGCAAGACAAUCGAUUUGGAGGAUGGAUUUUGAGAUCAUCAUGGUUCUGAUAUCUCACACACUUUCGUGUGUCUUUGUGGGACUGCAACUCUUUUAUGUGAAAAAGCACUCUGAAGUGCUUCCUUCCAUCUCACUGGUCAUGCUUGUGGUUCUUACUUUGGGUUAUAUGAUCCCUCUUGUACUGAACUUUGAAGCCUUAUUUUUGGGGAGCCAUGAUCAGCGAAGUGCCUUGCUUGAGAGCGGUGGAUGGAUUAAAGCGAAUGAGGUGAUCGUGCGGAUAGUUACAAUGGUGGUUUUUCUGCUGCAAUUCCGUCUUCUCCAGCUCACAUGGGCAGCAAAAUUGAAAGAGGGUCACCAAAAGGGCUCAUGGGCUGCAGAGAAGAAGGUUCUCUAUCUGGCUUUACCAUCAUAUGUAGCUGGCUGCCUAAUUGCCUUGUUUUUCAACAGGGGAAAGAAUGAAUAUGGUGCUGCAGUUCAAUCCUAUUCCCUUCCAGAUUACCAGCAACAUUCCCUUUGGGGGGACUUGAGAUCUUAUGCUGGCUUGGUCCUAGACGGUUUCCUCUUCCCUCAAAUCCUGCUCAACAUGUUCACAAGCUCAACAGAGAAAGCUCUUUCCCAUUCAUUUUAUGUUGGAACCACUUUUGUUCGACUGCUGCCACACACAUAUGAUCUUUACAGGGCUCAUAACAAUGCUAUCAGCUUUAAUGGCUCAUACAUUUAUGCGAAUCCUGGUGCAGACUUUUACUCCACUGCUUGGGAUGUCAUCAUCCCUUGUGGGGGUCUGCUGUUUUCUGCUAUCAUUUUCUUGCAGCAGCGGUUUGGUGGUCGUUGCAUCCUCCCCAAAAGAUUCAGGGAGUUGGAAGCAUAUGAGAAGAUACCAGUGGUUAGCACUUAGCAGUGAGAGUAAUAGCUAAAGGAAUCUAGAACUUCAACUCUGUGUUAAAUUCUGUUGUUUUAUCACUGGAAUUGAGUGAUUCUGUGUUUUGUUUCUUCUGCAUUUUCUGCUUGUAAGAGAAGUUGUGUUUUCUAAACCAUCCUUUGAAUGCUCCCUUUGUUCUGUGACUU